GCUAGCCGGCUCGAGUUUGCAAGUCUGAUUCUAACGCGUGAGAUUGGUCUUCGAGUCAAUCGGUCUGUGAGUUACAUGUCCAAUGCAUUUGCGUAAUAAUGCGUAAUUUUGACAUGUGAGAAGCGUGUUUUUGUAUUGUUGUGUUUGUAUAUCCGAUUGUUUCGUCUGUUGCGAGUUGUGACGUUGCGCCAAACAAUUGGACUUUGUUUAUUCACAUCCUGCGUAAUAUUGAAAUAAGAUCAAUCUCGCCGAGAACAAGAUCAAAAACAAGGAUAACACGCAAAAUGAGCGAUUCCGACGACAACAGUUCUGACAGCAGCAACGAUUUUGCUGGUAUAACUCCGAAAGACGACCUGUCAGCAAAUUUCUUUUCCAUAAAACCGGCGGUCAAAUCUAACCUUGUGGAUUCGAAGAGCGAGGAUGAAAGUAGCGAGGAGGACGAUUUUGCAAAUGUUACGGACAACAAUGGGAUCGAAUUAUUUUCUGAGGUGGUUAAGAACUUGGAAGCUUCACAGAAACCCAAUGUCGUCGAUCAAGAGUCCAAGAAUCUUGAGAACGACGGUUCGCAAGAUGUUAAAGCGAUCAAAACCGAUAAAAGAAAGAAAGAUAUAUCGGAUGAGAUAAAAGCAGUUUUAUUACAAGGAGAAAGCGGAGCAUUUUGCGAAGAUGACGAAAAUACAGAUAAAGAGGAGGAGGAGGAGACAAAGGAGGACGUCAAACGUCCUGUCGAUUAUGUGAUACCUAAGGAAGGUAUCAAUAUCACUUUGCCAGGUACGGCAAUUUUCAAGAAGAAACCAGGCAAAAAGGGACCGGAUCUAGCUGCUCUAUUAAGAAAAAAAUUGAAGGGUAAUCAGGUUCUGGUGGAGAAAGCAGCUCGGCUUGGUUGGUUGGCGUAUGGAUUCUAUCUGAAUCGUCAAGCGAACGAACCUGAAAUCAUGGCAACAGUAACGUCGCUCAUUCCAAAAACCAGCUAUCCAAAAAAUAAUUUUGACGUAUCGUACCUAACAAAAUUUACAAAAUGGUUCAAACAGAUGUUCUCAUUAGAAGCUACCGACAAUAACGUUAUUAUAAACAAAGAAACGCUGUUGAAAAGGAUAGCGGAUAAAAAACUUUACAAUUACAGAGAAUUGGUAAUAUUGUACGUGGCAGCACUCAGAAGUAUUGGUCUUCAUUGUCGUUUAAUAGUCUCUCUUCAUCCGCCGCUUGUAAAAUCAUUUAAUGAAUUGUUACCCAAAACAAUUACAGCAAAGAAAACUGAUCAAGUCAAAGACGAGCCGAAAGAAACAAAAACGACGAAAAUAAAAUCAUCUAAGAAGGACAAUAAAAAAACUUCAAACAAGCAAAAUGUCACAAAUAAAGUUGCGAAUACUGUGAUUCAGAACAGCGAAAGUGCGCGAAAAGAGGCUAAUAUGGAAGCGAAAAAGAAUGCAGCACGGGUUCUUCGUUCAUACUCGUAUGAUAAAAAAAGCAAAGAUAAGUUAAAACGCACCGAACCCGAUCGAAAUAGUGUUUCUAAAACAUCGAAAGAUGUCGCGUCAACCUCCACAAGUUCGAAAGAUGCAGAUAUCAAGAUUUCUCCGAAACGUUUACGAUCUGGAAGAAAAUAUAAUGUUGCAUUGCGAGCAACUAAACUUGAUCUACAAAGUAAUUCAAAAAAUAAAUCUAAAAGGAAAAAUUCUAAGACACAUUCACAGAGAAGUAGUGGUUACUUCAGUUCAGAAGAAGAAGAUGAUGAUGAUGAUGAUGAUGACGAUGAAGACGAAGAUGAAGAUGAAGAUGAAGAUGAAGAGGAUGAAGAAGACAAGAAGGAAGCAAAGAAACAAACUAAAUUGAAAAGAAAACGCAACGGUACUAAAAAAGCAGUUGUUAAUUCUAGAAAAAAAAAAGACAAAAACCAAGAUGAAGAAUCGACAGACGAUGAAAAAGCUGAUAGUAACAAACCGAGAAGACACGUAUGGGCUGAGAUAUAUGUAGAGUCUAAAGGAUGCUGGAUAUCUGCAAAUGUAGUUACCGGGAGUGUAGAUUGUGUAACCGAAGUAUAUAAAAAUGCGAGCAAACCAGUAUUAUAUGUGGUAGCGUAUAACGCGGAGAGAUCAAUCAAAGAUGUGACAAGACGCUAUUGUUCGCAAUGGCUUUCCGUUACACGUAAGCAACGUAUCGAUGAGAAAUGGUGGUCUGAAACUUUAAGUUGUUGGUUGGAAAGAGAGACACCCAUGUCCAAACAAGAAGACGAAUUACUUUUGCAAAAGGAAUUGGCACAGCCUUUGCCUAAAACCGUUAGUGAGUGUAAAGGACAUCCUCUGUACGUGCUUACCAGACAUUUGCUCAAAUACGAGGCGUUGUAUCCACCGGAUUGUGUGCCGCUCGGACAUUUGAAAACCGGCGAAGCCAUUUAUUCGCGUUAUUGCGUACACACGCUACGAUCGCGAGAAACCUGGAUCAGGAAGGCCAGAGUGGUUAAACCAAAACAAGAUCCUUACAAAAUAGUUAAGGCGCUUCCAAAAUAUGACAAACUUUCAGGUAUGAAAAUCAAGGAUUCCGCGUUAGAACUUUUUGGAGAAUGGCAAACUACAGAAUAUGUUCCGCCCGAGGCUAAAAAUGGCAUCGUUCCUCGCAACGAAUACGGUAGUGUUGAUUUAUUCAAGGAAUGUAUGCUUCCAAAAGGCACAGUACACAUAAAUCUUCCAGGGUUGAAUCGCAUAGCCAGAAAAUUAAACAUAGAUUGUGCACCUGCUGUGGUGGGUUUCAAUUUUAAAUCUGUGGGCGCCGUGCCGGCUGUCGAAGGCUUCGUUGUGUGCGCGGAGUACGAGGAUACGUUGCGAGAAGCUUGGGAAGCGGAGCAAGUCGAGGCGUCUAGACGCACCGCCGAGAAAAGAGAAAAGAGAAUUUACGGCAACUGGAAGAGACUUAUUAAAGGGUUGCUCAUCAGAGAGAAACUUUCGCAAAAAUAUGAAUUUCAGGAUGAACCGAAACCAGAUAAGUCGAACAAACGUUCGAAGCAACGGAAGGGCAACGUGAAAAAAUUGAGGUUACAAUAAAAUUACGCACGAACAACACAAUUUUGUCCACACACACAUGUUAAUCAACAAAUUCUUUUAUUAUCUAGAACGAAGCGUUUAUACUGUUGUUAACAUUGUGAACGUUCAAUAGUUUUUUUCUUAAAAUUUGUAAUUUAAUUACAAUCGGUCUAAUCGGAAUAAUUGCAAUGUUCAGAUGAAACGCUCCGUUCUCAAUAAUAAAAUUAAUGUUUGAUAUUUGUAACAGUUCUGUUCGAGAUUAUACAUACGAGUAAAAUAGCGCUGUGAACAUCUUUUUAUAUGAAAUAAAUUAUUUUUUU